CGGGACCCAAGGUGUUUUUAAAAGUAUAAUAUUGACGUCUACGGUCUACUAGCAUCGCUGAUCCGGAAACAGAAUCUUGCGGCUGCAUGCCGCCAUGAGUUUACGAAGCUGGAGAACUCCUAAUUAUGACGUAUUCACUACUCGUCGUCGCUGGUGGACACCAACCGGGACGGACUUGGCUUCAUGCACGAUGAACGCGUCGACAUAUUGCCUCAUACUUGAUGGGACGAUCGCAAUCUAGGUGUCGAAAUUGGUCUGUCGGAUUUUUAUUCUGGAUCACCUCCUUCUGUGCAUCACUACAAUGGUCACAUUAUCCGACAACUGCCUUUUUCACGCGGGCCGUUUUCGAUUAUUUACAAGAAACUGUAGUGCGUGCCGAUGAGCAUCAAACGACAAUCGGCGGGAAUGCGCCAUGUGCCCCUCCGCGUUUCAGGCAUCAGCAUUCAGUCGAUCAUUACCACAUGUUCUUAUCGCUCUCGUCCUCGCAAACGAUUUGACUAAUGGAACUGUAACCCUGGCGUAUGUUAUUCUCAUCAGAUGAAAUCAUUCAUCUCAGUUGAUCUGCUGAUCCGUAAACCCGCACCGCACAUACAUACAUACGAUAGACAAGCGGGAGUAAGCCCCCCGCGAACAGGGCUAUGUCCGACAUAGGGUCUUCGACCCUAAA